GCCCGGCUAGAGUUUCCAAAAAAGUUAGAAUAACUUCCUCUCCCGGAGACCUCGGUUUUGCACAAGCCGGCCUUGAAACCGGAGCCUUUCGAGCACCUCGGAGAGCGUGUGCUCGGCGACCGCGGGCUUGGCCGGCGGCGCGCGCUCGGCGCCCGGCGCCCCCAGCCCCAAGCGCGCCGGGCGGGCGCCAUGGAGGAGGGCUCCAGCCCGCCCGUGUCCCCCGUGGACAGCCUGGGCACCAGCGAGGAGGAGCUCGAGAGGCAGCCCAAGCGCUUCGGCCGGAAGCGGCGCUACAGCAAGAAGUCGAGCGAAGAUGGCAGCCCGACCCCAAGCAAGCGCGGCAAGAAGGGCAGCCCGAGCGCGCAGUCCUUCGAGGAGCUGCAGAGCCAGCGCAUCCUGGCCAACGUGCGCGAGCGCCAGCGCACCCAGUCGCUCAACGAGGCCUUCGCGGCGCUGCGCAAGAUCAUCCCCACGCUGCCUUCGGACAAGCUCAGCAAGAUCCAGACGCUCAAGCUGGCCGCCAGGUACAUAGACUUCCUCUACCAGGUCCUGCAGAGCGACGAGAUGGACAAUAAGAUGACCAGCUGCAGCUACGUGGCCCACGAGCGCCUCAGCUACGCCUUCUCCGUGUGGCGCAUGGAGGGCGCGUGGUCCAUGUCCGCCUCCCACUAGCGCCGCGCCACCCACGUCCGGACCCGCGCGCCAGGGCUGUCCUGUGGGGCUGAGGCUCAAGUGGAAUUGGGACGCCUCCACGUCUGUCACUUCUGAAACCUGAACAACCUCAAGGGAGCCUCCCCCUCUGCUCUCCAGCACAGCGUUUGGACAAGGGGACAACAGCUUCAAAUGGAAGACCCCGGACCGCACAAGUCCUCCCCCAGAGUCGGUCCCCACAGAGGAAGCGGCACUCACGGUCCUUCUCGCCGGUGACAUGUUCCUUGUCAUCCUUGCCACUGUUUGGAUUUUUCUUCUGGGUUUUAUUUUUUUUGGGGGGGCGGAUUUAUUCUUUCUGAAAAUCUCUAGAUUCAGGAACAUAUUUACAAGGAUUGAAAUGUUGGAUUUGUAUUUCCCUCUAAGUGCCUUUUUAAUGUAUAUUUUUUUAAUAAAACAGAAAUGCAUUCCUGUACCAUUCUGUUUAAACUGGACCAAGGCUCUCAGAAAAGGAACCUCGCGUCCCCUCUCCCCGCAGCCUCCGCAUGACUGUUCCACGUAAGCCUGGAAUCCUCCUCACACCUCGCCUCUUCUCUUUCUCAUGAUUUGCUCAGCUAUCCAUUUUUAAAGUAUUUUCUGUUUCAGUGUAUAUGUUGCUUAUUUGUUUUAUUUAUUGAGAUAUUUUUAACAAGCUCGGUGACUGCAACGUGGCUGUGUACCCUGCUCCCCUCCCAGGAAUAAUAAAGAUGUCAGUGCA